ACAACAUGUAAAUGAUGUUUUCAUAGCUCUCUGUUGUCCAAAUUCAAAUUGUUGUAAUUCUAAUGUAUUCCAUUGUCAUCUGUUAUAAAUGUCAAUCAUAAACAACAGAAUGUCUUUAUCACUGUAUGUAACAGAUGAGCAAAACCUAUAAUGUCACAGAAUGCCACCGCAACAAACCCACAUACUCUUCAUCUUCAUUAUCAUGUUACAUCUUUUUAAAAAAAACAAUUGUUUUCCUAUUUCCUUUUGAUGUAUUAUUCUGGUAGACACAAAAACAUAAGCUAAGCCUUUGCCUGUCAUUUUCAUUGCCGGUGUGAUUGUUUCAGGACAGUUUAAUGUGGUAGUCAUGCCAAGAGUAUUAACAGGUAUAUAACGUCUCUUGUCUGUUUUUAGGUUAUGUCACCGUGACACGUUGUGCGGUGAGAUAUGUGUAAGCCUUGAGCCCUCGUAAGGACGACCACAAUGUACGUAUUGUUACAUCAACUGCUGGGCUUCGCCACACAAUGGACCUGCUCCGGCACCCUGACAUCUGCCCUGCUGGUGGCCGGCUUUCUUGUAUGCUUGGGCUUCUUCUACAAAAUAAUUGUCUCCCCUUACCUGUCACCUCUCAGGAAGAUUCCUGGUCCUUAUGUUCCAAGUUUGUUGUUAGGCAACAUAAAAGAGCUAUAUACUGGGAAUGCCAUUGACCCUUUUGUCAGAUGGAUAAACACUUUUGGGUCAGGCCUUCUGGUGUAUGCGGAGCUCUUCGGAGACCGCAGAGUGCUGAUAGCUGAUGCGGAAGCCACAAAACAGGUCCUCAUCACCAAGGUGAAGAACUACAAAAAACCAAAACUCUACAGAUUGUUUGACCAAGUGGUCGGCAACGGCCUGCUCAAUCUGAACGGCAACGAACACUUGGUGCAGCGCAAACUGUGUCAAGGAGCCUUCAAGCUGUCUGUCAUUAAAAAUGUGGUUCCCAGCCUGCAGAAUCAUGCUGAAGAGCUGGCCAGUCUGUGGAGUGGGAAACUUCUCAACCACAACGAGACGGAACUCAGCAUUGGGGAUGACUUACAUCAUCUGACACUAGAUGUUGUCACAGAAUUCAGCUGUGGGUACAAGUGUAAUGCACUGAUCAACCCUGACCAACCAGAAUCCCAAGCCUUUGAGUACCUGCUUAAAGGAUUCACCCCAAGUUUGUUGAGGACAUUUCUGCCCAAUGUUGCAUACUUCCUGUCCGACAGAGAAUACAGUAAAAAUUUGGACAUGUCUAACAAGUUGGUGAAACAAAUCAUUCAGAACAAACGAGCUGAAAUAAGUCACUUAAAAGAUGAAAGUAAGUGCAGUGAUUUGCUGAGUAUGAUGUUGUUUGCUGAAUGCACAGUGACAGGGAUGAAGUUUUCAGAAGAACAGCUGCGGGAUAACAUCAUGACCUUCAUGUUGGCUGGCCAUGAGUCUACUGCUGCAACCUUGAUCUGGACCCUGUACUGUCUGUCUGAGCACCAGUCUGUGCAGACUCGUGUCCGCGAUGAGAUGAUGUCAGAGAUUCCUAAAGAGGGAAAGGCAAUCACAUUUGAAAACCUCGAUAAUCUGACGUAUAUGUCAUGCCUGAUCAAGGAAACUCUGAGGCUUUACCCUGCAGCGUCAAUGGUGUUCCGAGAAGCUGUUCACAAUGACUACAUUAACGGUUAUUUCAUACCGGCUGGAACCAUCCUCAAUGUCAAUAUUGGAGCACUGCACAGAAACCCCAAAUACUGGGACAAUGCUGACGAAUUCAACCCAGACAGAUUUCUGGAUGAGAGUAAACUACACUCAUGUUCCUUCCUCCCAUUCUUGGUGGGUUCGAGAACGUGCAUCGGGUUCAAGUUCGCCUUGCUCGAGAUCAAGAUCACUCUGUGCACUCUCCUCCGACAUUUCAAGUUCAGCCCGGUGCCUGGAGUGACGUACAAGAAGUGUCAGAUGAUCACCGUCAGACCCGACCCACCCAUGAGAUUAGUGGCAGAGAUUAUCUCCUGAAAACAACAGACAGACAUAUAAGUGAUCGUGUGUUCAUGAGAGGGAGAUCUUACAAUAGUGUCACUGGUUACCAUCUUAGUCUGGCCUAGCAGAAAUCAUUUCAUAAAAAUUACAUCAGACCGGUGUAUGAAAAGAAUUUGAUGUGAUCAUUUUGAUAUGAUCAUUCUGUUAACUUUCCAAAUCAUGGACCCAAUUCACUAAACUCUUGCAACUUUGCGAUCUUGCAGUGCAAUGCUAAAAGACUUACAAAGAGGAUGCUUUGUUGUCUAGCAGAGCCAAAGAGAGCUUUGUGAAUUAGGCCCCAUAUUUCUAU